UGAACGUUGAGGGUUAAUAGAUUUAGUGUUUUAUAAUAUGUCUAUGUUUGGUAAUGAUUGUUUAUUCUCUGAGUUUCAAUCUUCGUGUUCGUCGGAUGAUGAAGAAGAUGAUUCGUUACUACGGCAAUAUAAGGAGGAGAACGCCACGCUAAGGAAACAAAAUGAGCAGCUCCGUAAAGCAGUUAAUAUCUUCACUCAGCCAUCCUUUAUUAAAGUGAAGGACGCCGCAAAAGAUGGACCAAUCGCUCAUGUUCUUCUGUUUAAUAAUGUAACUGCAAGGAAACACGCCAAUGAAAUUAAAAACUUCUUUCAUGAAAUUGCGUCUCGUCCGAAUCUAUCCGAUGACUAUGUGCUUGACUCACCACAGAGAUCAUCUGUUCCUUACCUUCCUCCCAAACUGAAGUCGUACAAAUCCAAACGUAGCAGCAGAGACGAGAGAAAAGCCAGCAAAGCUUACGUUGUCACCAACAGCUUCCAAGUUUUUAGCAACUACUUUUAUCUUGAUCAAAUCGGGGAAUCUUUAUCGCGCGAUGAGAAGAACGAGAGCCUCCUCCCCUCGUAUGAACGAGCACGUCCCGAUCCCUUAGAUGGAGAGGUCGAUGAGGCGGAUGUGAAUAAGAUAUCAAACAAAACCAUGAGAGCUUGUUUCAACUGUGGUAUGAAUGAUCAUCAGAUAAAGGAUUGCCCAACCCCCAAGAACUUUAAAAAUAUCAACCAGCGUAAAAUGCAAUUCCAGGAAAGAGUGAACAGCUCCCCACAAAUGGGGAAUUCCCGUUACCACGCCGACAAUGAUUCAGAUUCGGAACGAUUCUCCGAGUUCAAACCAGGUGUUAUAAGCUCCCAGCUUCGUGAAGCUCUUGGUAUUCGUGACAACCAACUUCCCCCCUACAUCUACCAGAUGAGGUGGCACGGUUACCCACCAGGUCACAUGAUUGACGCGAAGAUUAAUUCUGCCGGGUUAAACUUUUAUUCUGAGGGAAGGAAAUCUGACAGUCAGGAUAGCGAAGGUCAGGUUGACGUUGACAAAAUCAUCUCCUAUCCUGGGUUUAAUGUUCCACCUGCUCCACAAACUGUUGAGGAUCCUUCCUUUCCUCCAAUGGACGACAGACACAGCAAAGAUGUGAUGGUGUCGUACCAUAUGCAUAAAAAUGAACUCCUGAAAAACAAACGAAACAACGUCGUCCCAAACCCACGUAAACGGCAAAAAGUUUCGCAUCGAGUCGAUAACGUGGAUGAGGUCGAUAUGGAGAUCGAGGACGACUCGGACCCGGCUGAAGUUGUGGCGGGUGAUGCGAGGGAGAGAGGGGACCAGAGGAUUGUCAUCGAGUCUUCAUCUGUGGAAGAGGAGGAGAAAGAGGAAGGUGAGUGCGAUGAGAUGAUAGACGUUGAUCAAUAUGUUGUGGGGUUGAGUCAGGAUGAACUACAAGUAAAGAAAGCAGCGAUCGAACGUGAACUCGGGAAGCUUCUCGUGUCUGAUGUUGUUGUUAUUUCAUCGGAUGAUGAUGUCACUUCUAAUGAUGUCACACCUAAUGAUGUCACUACUAAUGAUGUCAAAGCUCAUGAUGUCACACCUGAUGAUGUCACUACUAAUGAUGUCACUACUAAUGAUGUCACUACUAAUGAUGUGACACCUGAUGAUGUCACACCUGAUGAUGUAACCACUAAUGAUGUGACACCUGAUGAUGUCACUACUAAUGAUGUCACACCUGAUGAUGUCACUACUAAUGAUGUCACACCUGAUGAUGUCACUACUAAUGAUGUCACACCUGAUGAUGUAACAUCUGAUGAUGUCAAAGUUGAAGGAAAAGAAACACUUACUGAUGACGUCAUUCAUAAUGAUGUCACCAGCGAUGAUGUCACACCAAAUAAUGAAACUAACACCAAUGAAAAGAUGUUUGCUGAAAGUACAACCACUGGACAUCCUUCAUCUGUUAAAGAUGAUUCUCCCAAUGUUGAUGUUACACAACUUGGGAAGUAUGGUCAUGAUGUUACUUCUCAAGUUACGCGUGGUGGAGUUGCCAACCAUAUUACUGGGGGGAUGGCUUCCAAAGUUGACGAUUCAAACCAAUAUGACGUGGAUUAUUUAAACAAUAAAAAGUGUGUUGAACUACGUGAUAUUGAUGUCAUAAUACCUCAAAAAGAUGGAACGCCGCAUUGUGAUGUCAUAACAUCAAAGACUGACACUGUGAUGUCACAAAGUGAACAAUCAUCACAUACUGUUCAGGAUUAUGACGUAACAAACGAUGAUAAAACCAUUUGUGACGUCACGGAAAGUGUAACAAUGCAAAAUGACGUCACGAAUGAACCACAAUCUACUACACGCGAUGACGUAGAAGGCAAUAAUGACGUCAUGGACAAGGUUAACAACAUUUCGCUCGAGCCUUGUGCUGGGAACAAUGAUGAUAGUGACGUCAUAAUGGAUGGUGGAAGUGGGGAAGGGAACCCCGAAAACACGGGAGUUCCCCACCGUUCAAAGUUCGCAGCAGGCGUCACCCAGUUCGACGCUUAUUACCGCGAAACUAAGUCGCAUGGCGUGUUUAACAAAUUGAAAAGAUUGUUGCGUAAUUCACCGCGAAGACAACCAAAAGAUUAAUGACGUCAUAUACCUUUAUCUGACGUCAUAGGGAAAUUUGUUUUUCUGUGUUUUUUUUACAGUUUGUACCAACGGUUUUCACACUUUGUUCGAAUCGCAUAAAUUAUUGAAAACAGAGAUCAACUUACAGCCGUCCUGUGUAAGUCGGUAAAA